AUGAAUAUUGGUGUUUCAAUAAGCAUCAAAAUGGAAUAUAGGAAAAACAUUGUUCCAGCUGGUUGGCAAAGCGAUGAUGAUGAGUAUGAUGAAUUUGGUGAUAUUAUUGAACGUUCAACAUAUCAUGUUAAACCAGAAGCAGAAGAUUUUGAAUCAACAUUGAUAAAUGCUUGUGUAACAAAUAACUUAUCAGAAAUCACCCGUGCCUUAAACUCAGGAACUGUUAAUGUUAACAGUUAUUUGAAUAAUAGUUGGACUGCUUUGAUGAAUGCAGCAUUUAAUGGAUCUUUAGAUGCUGUAAAAUUUCUUUUACAGAAUGGUGCUGAUCCAUUAAUUGAUUAUGACAGUCAUAAUGUUAUAAUGUGUUUAUGUAAUUGUAUUAGAGUUUCUGAUGAAUUAGACUUGUUAAAUUGUGUAAAGCUUUUAGUAAAUUUUGAUGAAAUUGACAUCAACUCUAAAGAUAGAACAGGGUUGACUGCUCUUAUGUAUGCAUGCAGCAAUGGUUGGUUGAAAUUGGUAGAAUUUCUAGUCAAUCAUGGGGCAGAUAUGGAGUUGAGAAAUUAUCAAUUUGGAGAGACAGCUUUGUUUUUUGCAGUACGUUACAACCAUGUUCAUAUUGUAAAAUAUCUAUUAUCAAAAGGAGCUGACAAAGAUGUCACUAACAAGAAACGUCAGACAGUGUAUGAAAUAGCUAAAAAUAAAAACAUGGUUGCUAUUUUAAAGUUAUUAAAUAAAGAUUAUGAAAAUGAACAACUAGAAGAUUAUUAUUCAGAAGAAUAUUCUUACUGGGAUACAGUUAUGACUGAAUUAAAAAAUGGUUUUAGUGAAGACGUCAAAUCAUUUUUAGAAAGAUUAUCAAUGGAUAUCUAUGUAGACCAUCUAAUUUCCAAUAAUGUUACUUUUAAAAAUUUACUCUCUGGAAAUAAUAAUCAAUUUGUUGAUAUGGGAAUCAUUUUAUCACCACAUCGUGAGCUUUUGGCUAAUGCGCUUAAAUGUUUUCAUACAGAGAAUUGGAGUAAUAAUUCUUUACGUGUUAAAAGUAGUGAUAUUAAUACUGAAAGAAUUGCUCAUAUAUUAGUGAUAAUAGUAAGACAAUUACAUAUAUUAGAUGCUUCAAUAAAAUACUUAGGGAUGCAGAGUAAUGGUUUGGAUCAACAGGAAGGUCAAGAAGCCAUGAAUAAUUUGAAAAAAAUCAUAAUUGUGGAAGAUAAAAUAUUUAAAAUAUUAGACCAAAAAGUAAGAAAAAGUCAAGUGGAUUACAUAGGACAUAAGACUUGGAGUCAAAACUUGAAAACAAACAGAGAUAAGUUGUUUGCUAGUGCUACUGUUAUUUUAGUAUUAUUACUUUUAAGCUAG